AUGGCUGAUAAGCAAUCAAAUUCUUCUGCUCAGCUACCUGCAGCUGUUCAAGAAAAGCGAGAUCAGCUGGAAGAUCUUAUCACACGGGCUACCGCUAAGGAUGCGACCAAAGAUCAUAACAGCGCUUCGGAACUUUACUCGCAAGCUACCGAAUUGCAAGCUGAGUUAAAUGGCGAACUCUCACCGGAGAAUGCGAAUCUACUCUAUGCGUAUGGAAAAUCGCUUUACAAUGUCGCUGUGAGCAAGAGUGACGUGCUGGGAUCCAAGGUCGCCGGGGAGCCUCAAGGUCAACAUAAUAAAGCCCCUUCCGCAAAUGCUUCUUCUACCGGUGCAACUGGUGCUGGUGGGAACUCGGUCCGGGGUACCAUCUCUAGCGCCUUGACCAACGAAUCUUCGCCUGUUCAAGCGGAGUCCGAAGUCCCCCUGUCGAAGCCCUUCUUUCAGUUUACGGGCGACGAGAACUUUGUCGACUCAGAUGAGGAGGAUGAGGAGGAUGCCGAUGCCGGAGAUGAAGAGGACGAAGACGAUUUUGCCAAUGCCUUUGAGGUUCUGGAUCUGGCGCGUAUCCUUUACUUGAAAAAACUCGAAGCUGUAGAAGAAAGCGACAAUGCCAAGGGCAAAUCAACCGACCUUUCGACAGAAGUGAAGCAUAUCAAAGAAAGACUAGCCGACACCUACGAUCUCCAGGCCGAGAUUUCUUUGGAAGCAGAAAGGUUUAGCGAUGCGGUGACUGAUCUGCGAACUGCGCUCGAUCUACGAUAUUCUUUAUUCCCGUUUGAGGAUCCUUCUGUUGCCGAGUGUCACUACAAGCUUUCCCUAGCUCUCGAGUUUGCAUCAGUUCCGCGAGAGAACGAAGACGAGGAGGCAGAGGACGACAAGGAGAAGACAGUGGACGAGAAAAUGCGAAAGGAAGCUGCAGUUCAAAUGGAGCGUGCCAUCGAGAGCUGUAAAGUCCGAAUGGCCCACGAGGAGAAGAAGGUUGAGAUCCAAAAGCACAUGGACGAAGACAAGUUGACUGCUUCGAAGAGGAAAAUUGCAAAUGUCAAAGAGAUCAUCGCGGAUAUGGAACAACGGCUGAUCGAUCUCCGACGCUCCCCUGUGACCGUUGAUCAGGGCAAUCAAGAGAAUGAAGCUUUUCUCAAAGGUAUUCUUGGUCAAAUUGUUGGCCAAUCCGCCAAUGAUCAAAAGGUUCGGUUAGACUCUGCCAACAAAGGCGCCACCGAUGUUUCCUCGCUAGUUCGCCGAAAGCCUGCAGCACAGCCUGCUUCACAGUCUACUGCAUCAAAACGCUCAGUUGAAGAUGCUCCUUCUGAAAGUGACUCAAAACGUGCACGUGUGGACGACACUUCCUCCACUAAAUAA